CGCAGAUGGCGUAUGCGCGGAGAGCCCGAGCGAGGAGCCGGCGAACGAGACCGAGGAGUGCACUGGCUCAUACAUCUGCAAGAAAGGCGUGAUUUUGCCAAUAUGGGAACCGCAAGACCCUUCGUUUGGUGACAAAAUCGCUCGGGCAACAGUGUAUUUUGUAGCAAUGGUGUACAUGUUCCUGGGGGUAUCCAUCAUAGCUGACCGCUUCAUGUCCUCCAUUGAAGUCAUUACAUCCCAAGAGCGGGAGAUAACCAUCAAGAAGCCCAACGGCGAGACCAGCAAAACCACAGUGAGGAUCUGGAAUGAGACAGUUUCCAACCUCACGCUGAUGGCCCUGGGCUCGUCAGCCCCCGAGAUCCUCCUGUCAGUCAUCGAAGUAUGCGGUCACGGCUUCACAGCGGGGGACUUGGGGCCAAGCACGAUUGUGGGGAGUGCUGCGUUUAACAUGUUUGUCAUCAUUGCGAUCUGUGUUUACGUUGUUCCUGAUGGAGAGAUAAGGAAGAUCAAGCACUUGCGAGUGUUUUUUGUUACAGCGGCCUGGAGCAUCUUUGCCUACACUUGGCUUUACAUUAUUUUAUCUGUAUCAUCUCCGGGGAUUGUGGAAGUUUGGGAAGGCUUGCUCACUUUCUUCUUCUUCCCUAUCUGUGUGGUGUUUGCUUGGGUCGCUGACAGGAGGCUUUUAUUUUACAAGUACGUCUACAAGAAAUACCGGGCUGGUAAGCAGAGAGGCAUGAUCAUUGAACAUGAGGGUGACCGACCCUCCUCCAAAGCUGAUAUCGAGAUGGACGGAAAGGUGGCCAAUUCUCACGUGGAGAACUUCUUGGACGGGACGCUGGUGUUGGCAGUCGAUGAGAAAGACCAGGAUGACGAGGAAGCCAGGAGGGAAAUGGCUCGGAUCCUGAAGGAGCUGAAACAAAAGCACCCCGACAAGGAAAUUGAGCAGCUUAUUGAGUUGGCCAACUACCAGGUCCUGAGCCAGCAGCAGAAGAGCAGGGCCUUUUAUCGCAUUCAGGCCACUCGGCUCAUGACCGGAGCUGGCAACAUCUUGAAGAGACAUGCUGCAGACCAGGCCCGCAAAGCUGUCAGUAUGCAUGAGGUCAACAGUGAGGUGGCAGAAAAUGAUCCCAUCAGCAAGCUCUACUUUGAGCAGGGUACCUAUCAGUGUCUGGAGAACUGCGGCACUGUCGCCUUGACCAUCGUUCGCCGAGGAGGCGACUUGACCAACACAGUGUACGUUGACUUCCGGACAGAGGACGGGACGGCCAACGCCGGCUCUGACUAUGAGUUCACCGAAGGGACAGUAGUCUUCAAGCCUGGGGAAACCCAGAAGGAAAUUCGGGUUGGCAUAAUUGAUGACGACAUUUUUGAGGAGGAUGAGAAUUUCCUGGUCCAUCUCAGCAAUGUCCGCGUGAGCACUGAGGCCUCGGAUGAGAGCAUUCUCGAGGCCGGUCGUGUCUCAACGCUCGCUUGCCUUGGCUCACCAUCUACUGCCACUGUCACCAUCUUUGAUGAUGAUCACGCUGGCAUCUUUACCUUUGAGGAGCCAGUCACACACGUCAGCGAGAGCGUGGGGACCAUGGAAGUGAAAGUCCUGCGAACCUCUGGCGCGCGAGGAAAUGUUAUUGUGCCCUACAAAACCAUCGAAGGUACAGCCAAAGGUGGAGGAGAGGACUUUGAAGACACCUGCGGGGAGCUGGAGUUCCAGAAUGAUGAAAUAGUGUAA